UUCUGGAAUUGCCGGGAGGCAAAUAAACCUCAAUUUCGCAGAUCAAUUCGAUAUUUGGUGAAGAAGUUCAGUACGGAUAUUCUUGCAGUUUUUGAAACUCAUGCUGGUGGAGCAGCUGCAAGUCGUAUUUGUCGGGGUCUGGGAUUCGAGAAUUCUUUUAGAGUGGAUGCGUGUGGUCAAAGUGGUGGUUUGUGGCUCUUAUGGAGGUCGGAGAUAGGCGAGCUCGAGGUUGUCGAGUCUUCAGAUCAGUUUAUUCAUGCGAAAAUAGGGAGUGGCACAGAAGUGAUCAAUGUGAUAGCGGUGUAUGCUGCUCCUACGCCAAGUCGUCGCAGUGGCUUAUGGGCCGCAUUGAAAGAGGUUAUCAAUAAUGUUGUUGGUCCGGUUUUUAUUGGAGCUGAUUUUAAUACGAUUGUGAGACUGGAUGAAAGGAGUGGCGGGAAUGGGAGAUUGUCUGAGGAUUCUCUAACAUUCGGGGAUUGGAUCAAUGAAAUGUCGCUUAUUGAUAUGGGAUUUAGUGGAAGCCAAUUUACAUGGAAGAGAGGUAAAACUGAGAGUACUUUUGUGGCCAAGAGGUUGGAUAGAGUGUUAUGCUGCGCUACCUCCCGGCUUAAGUGGCAGGAAGCAAGAGUCUCGCAUCUGCCUUUCUUGGCUUCGGAUCAUGCUCCACUUUACCUACAGCUCACGCCAGGGGUACAAGGGAAUGCGUGUAGACGGCCUUUUCGAUUUGAGGCGGCAUGGCUACAACAUAGAGAGUUUCAAGAUCUGCUAAAAGCUUCGUGGGACCGUGAGAUUGAUACUAGAGAAGCCAUAAUGCGGUUAGGAUUGAAACUUCGUAAAUGGAACAAAGAAGUGUUUGGGAAUGUUCAAAAGAAGAAGGAGACCUUGGUAAUGGAGAUUAAGGGAGUACAAGAAUUAAUUGAGCAGAAUCCUACAGAUGAGUUAUUGGAGAAGGAGGGGGAGCUACUGAAGGAAUUUGAAAGAGUACUCGAACAGGAAGAACUUAUUUGGUUUCAGAAAUAG